GCUCUCUACCGAACACGCAGGAUUCCCGAAGUGACGUGAAUCUCGACCAACCACAAUGAAGCAGUAGUAACAGUCAGCCAAUCGUAGUUGCUGUGGUGGUCUGGGUUUACCAUUUCGCAUCUGCUGAUAUUACUGCAAUACAUUCAUCGCCAUGGCCUCCGGAGCCCUGUUCCCCAGCCUGGUGUCCGGCUCCCGUGGAUCCUCCAGCAAGUACCUGGUCGAGUUCCGGGCCGGUAAAAUGACCAUGAAGGGCAGCACAGUGACCCCCGAUAAGAGGAAGGGCCAGGUCUACAUCCAGCAGACUGAUGACUCCCUGAUCCAUUUCUGCUGGAAGGACCGGACCACCGGGAACGUGGAUGAUGACCUCAUCAUCUUCCCUGAUGACUGUGAGUUCAAGCGGGUGAGCCAGUGCACUACAGGAAGGGUGUACGUGUUGAAGUUCAAAGCUGGAUCCAAGAGACUGUUCUUCUGGAUUCAGGAGCCCAAGUCUGAUAAAGACGAGGAGCACUGUCGCAAGGUGAACGAGUACCUGAACAACCCCCCGAUGCCCGGGGCCCUGGGCAGCGGCGGCAGCGGAGGACACGACCUGUCUGCCCUCGGAGGGGAAGGCGGCCUGCAGAGCCUCCUGGGGAACAUGAGCCACAACCAGCUGAUGCAGCUGAUCGGACCCACCGGACUGGGGGGCCUCGGUGGUCUUGGUGCGCUGGCCGGACCGGGCCUGGCCAGCCUCUUGGGCAGCAGUGCUUCCGCAGCCAGCAACUCCUCCACAAGCCCCUCCUCCCUGGUCACCCCGGCCUCCACCGCAGCCGCCGCCGCCGCUGCCACCCGGCUGGGCUCGGCCCAGGCGCCCAGCACCCCCGUCACCCCGUCGGCCACCUCGGCCGCCUCCCCCACCGACAGCAGCCCCACCACCCCGGUGGGCCCCGCCCUGGCGGCGGCGGGGGCGGCCAGCCCCACGCAGCCCAUCCAGCUCAGCGACCUGCAGAGCAUCCUGGCCACCAUGAACGUACCGGCCGGGGGUCAAGGGGUGGAUCUGGCCAGCGUCCUGACACCCGAGAUCAUGGCUCCCAUCCUGGCCAACGCGGAGGUGCAGCAGAGGCUGACACCCUACCUGCCAUCUGGGGAGUCUCUCCCGCAGAGCAGCGAGGAGCUCAGCCACACCAUCAGCUCACCACAGUUUCAGCAGGCUAUGAGCAUGUUCAGCAGCGCCCUGGCGUCGGGGCAGCUGGGGCCUCUCAUGAACCAGUUUGGCCUGCCUGCCGAGGCUGUUGAUGCUGCCAACAAAGGAGAUGUGGAGGCUUUUGCCAAAGCCAUGGAGACUGAGACCAAGUCGACCGAAGACGGAGACGCCAAAGACAAGAAGGAUGACGAUGAAGACAUGAGCCUAGACUAGAAGUGUUUUAUUGCUUUAUUUAUUUAUUUAUUUAUGCUUCUUUUACCACUUCAUUAGGAUUAAAAGACGAUGGUAAAUAUUUAUUUAAAAGUGUGGCUGAACAAAGAACAUAUACUUAUGAAUACAAAUUGUGGCAGUGGCCAAAGCAGUGUGUAGUCAGAGUGGUUUCAGACAGAGCCUCAUGUAGUGUGACACAUUGCAAGAUGAAACAUCACUGCUGGGCGUCACAGUCUACAGUAAGAAGACACGUCAACAGCAAAAUGGACAUUAGCAUGCUGGUCUAUUUAAAAUAAAAAUAAAGAUUUGGUUGCUCUUCUAGCCAUAAGAGUAGCUUUGCGCACAGUAUCGGUACCCUUUAAGAACAAACAAAUCCUGUAAUAAACAUACAACUGUUGACUGAAUUAAAAGACAAUUCAUUCUUGUGGUGUUCACAAUUCUGAAAAUAUAUAUUUUUUAAAUAGUUUGUUGGAAAAAAAAAUAAACAUUUGAUAAUGGAACAUUCAUACACGUUUUGAACAGUAACACACUAUAUCAAGAAAUGUAAAACAGCUCUUUGACAAUAAGCAGUAGAGAUCAGAAUGUAAUCCCAUCUACCCGUGCAGGCAACGAUUUGAUAAUUAAACUACUAAAUGUGAAAUAUAGGGCUGUCCUUUCUGGACAGACUGGUGAUCCCUUAGAAUACCCCAACUUCAGUAGCUGUGUGACUGAGAUGUUGAAUGGAUCAUCGUCAGUAGAUGGUGAUGCAUUUCACUGCAAAGGUUUGUUGUAGGCACUUUGUUCAUAGUAAUGUUUUGUGCAGCUAAAUCCUGCCAAAUGUUGCGCAAUAAAUACAUUAAAUACCAUGACAGUAUUGGUACAUUAAAAACACGUCUGUGUGCUUAUACAUUCACUCCCAUAUGAAUAAAGGUUGAGGCUCAGAAUGAAUCACCCACCGUUUUAACCUUGACGUUCACUAGAGUUGAACUACCAUCAAGACUACUUUUGCCUAUCUGACCAUUCUACAGUUGCGUUAAAAGCUUGAUGUCAUGUCCUGAGAACUGAAAAGUGUUCGAAAAGAGAUCACUACACUGGCAACGCAGUGUAAAAUGUCGAGACCAAUAUGCACACUGAAGCUGGAUUGAAACGGUUGUAUGAUAAGAGUGAACGUUAAUCAACAGUGUGGUAGACCAAACAGUGUCAGCCCUGACUGCAUUCUGCUGGAGCACAUAUAUAUAUA